AUGGUCAACAGAAACCUGACUACGUUUCUCACCAGUUAUGAUAGCUAUUCCAUAGUGUCUCUCUUUAUUUUCUUGGGAAUUAAAUCUCCUCUUGGGAAGUGCAGUGGUCCACACAGAAAGUCAAGGCAUACGGCUCUUCAGCUUGUCAGUGAGUACAAGACUAAUUUCCUCUGAGUAUGGAAAACCUUAUCAGAUGAAGGUAGAUUCUCUGCUCACAAACCGAGGAGGUGGGGAAAACACCUGCUAGGUAAAUUGGAGUCAUAUUAUUAAUACAUAAAUUUAAAAUCCAAGCAGAGAGUUUCUCCUUCGGAAAUUAACAUUGCCAUUUUACUUAAAGUAAAAUGAAUGGCAUGAGGUUACUCUUCUGCAUAUCAGAUGCAUCGAACACAGGAAGGGGGUGGGAAAGAAACUCAUUCCUUGUUCCACUGAAUACAGAGAAAACCCUGAAGUCACCAUUGGGUCAAUUGAAUCAGGGAUGAUCCGAUCGUCAGAGAUAAAAACAAAACAAAACCACAUUAAACAAAUGAGGGUCUUUUACAACCGGCUGUGUGAUUUAAAAUUCACCUUCUCCCAACUCAAGGUGAACCAUGUGGUUAGGGGUUGAUUAGACGGGUUGUCAGAUUUAUUAAUAAAGCAUUGGGUUUUUCAGGUACCAUUCAGGACCAGAGGAAACUGGACUUUAACAGCAGUUGUGCAAAAACUGAAAUAGCACUGCCCAUUUAAACAGAUGGUUGUUGGUUUAUUUUGCUAAUUAUGCUUAGUAUUAAUGGUGGCCAACAAUUUGGUGUAAUAUCUUUUUCGUUUUUUACCAACAACAACAACAACUAUUCCUAUCUGGUAGAACCUCCAUUCCUACCUGGUAGAGCAUAUUGGGUGGAAGUCAGUGUCACACAAUUACAAACAUUUGCUCUGCACAAGCAUUUCCCCUCACCAGGUGGAGUGAGUCCUCCUUUCCUCCCCCUAUGUGCUGUUCUGGAGGUUCUUCCAACCACUCUAAGCUAAUUUCAGCUACUGCAGGAGAGAGGGGCAAAACCCCAUUGAGCUCUGUUAGCUGCCGAUAAGUAAGGACUGGCAGGUGGGACCAUUUAUGGUGACCAGCAAGCCAGAAGUGUUACUGUUCCUGUUCUAAAUGCAUCAAAGGCUCUGUUGAUCUCAAGGUGUUAGAGCUUCAACACUCCUUUUAUAUGAUUGGCUAGGGCCAGUUCUUACACUGUAGGAUUGCCAGGAUUGCCAUUUCCCCUUUCUAGAUACAACCCACAUCAUAUACACUCCAACAUACCAGGACACAUGUCAUUCAUGACUGUGCUCUUGUGGCAGCCAGUUGACUCAUGCGAGAGCACGGUCCCCAAAAAUAGGUGUCUUUGGGAGCCGUGCUCUCAUGGGAGCCAAAACAGGACAAUCAGAAGCAGGGGUGGCUUCUGUGAUUCCAGCAUGUCCUGCUCAAAGCAAGGCAAUAGAUGGGCUAGUCAUGUUGAUAUUUUAAGAUGGGUGUGGGACCUUUUUCAGUCUGAGGGCCUCAUUCCCUUCUGGGCAAGGCCAGUGGGGCCAGAGGCAAACGUGGGUAGAGCAAAGAAUGUAAAUGUUACCUUUGUGUAGCAGGUUAGCUUCUAUAUGCACCCCUCUGUAUCCUCCAUCCAGGCAAGCAAAGGGCAUUAUCAGAGUUUAGGGACACAUUUCAGCCACACAAAAAUCCUCCAGGAUGGUAUAAAGCAGGGGGGAGUGAAGGAUGUGACCUUGGAACACGGGACGUGGCAUGGGAAGAUUUCCAAGGGCCCAGUGCCCUUAUGAAUGGUCAUUGCAAGGUGGUGGUGGUGGUGGUGAACGGGUGGGUCAGUGCAGUGCAGGCAAGUGACUACUUAGCAGCCAGCACUAACUUUGUGAUAAAUAAAUACGGUAGAGGGAAAGACAGACUGAGAAUGUGUCCCACUCAUACAUUGUCAUUGGUAGGUGGCCAAUAAAUCCUUCCCCCCAAGGGAAUGAGGUCCUCAACUCCACAAAGGUACAGUUGGAGAUGAUCAUAAAAUUUAUCAGUGGGGAAAUUGGCUGGCCAAGGGCUUAGUUAGUUGUUUUCUUUGUCUAGCAACAACCACAACACUGAAACUGUCUCCUCUCGUCCUACUUUCUUACAACGGCCAUCCCAGCAUAUAG